AUGGUAGCGUUAGCUGCACCAGCGGCCGUUCAUAAUCCUCUCGCUAUCGGUCCCAGUCAGAAAUGGAGAGGAGGAGAGGGACCCAAACGUUAUAGCUGUCAACACUGUAACAAAUCCUUCACAACAUCUGGAUAUUUAAAGAUUCAUCAGAGAGUUCACACUGGAGAGAAGCCAUACAGCUGUGAUCAAUGUGGGGCAGCUUUCACACUACAGAGUACCCUAAAAAACCAUCAACGCAUUCACACUGGAGAAAAGCCGUACAGCUGUGAUCGAUGUGGGGCAGCUUUCACACUACAGGGUAACCUAAAAAGACACCAACGCAUUCACACUGAAGAAAAGUCUUACAGCUGUGAUCAAUGUGGGGCAGCUUUCACACUACAGAGUACCCUAAAAAAACAUCAAUGCAUUCACACUGGAGAGAAGCCGUACAGCUGUGAUCAAUGUGGGGCAGCUUUCACACGACAGAGUACCCUAAAAAUACAUCAACGCAUUCACACUGGAGAGAAGCCCUACUGGUGUGAACAAUGUGGGGAAACAUUUACUCAGAGUGGCCAACUUAAAAUACAUCAACGUAUUCACACUGGAGAUAAACCUUACAGCUGUGAUUUAUGUGGUAAAACCUUUUCUAGGAGUGGUAACCUAGAAAGCCACCGACGUGUUCACACUGGAGAGAAGCCGUACUGGUGUGAACAAUGUGGGAAAAGUUUUUCUCAGAGUAGUAGCCUUAAAAGACACCAGUGCAUUCACACUGCCUCGUUAUGAACAUGUUUCAGAGCCAAGCCAAGCUUAAUCCUU